GCCCUCACGACAAACAGGAUAUCCGGGAUGCUAUCGACCAGGUCGGGGGUACAUCAGAAUUUAAGAAGUGGGGUGACUUGGGCUCAAAUCUGCAAUUUCCAAGGCUUCAUGCUUUGGUUGGGUUGUUCAAGGGAUGCCAGAGCAAGGCACAGAUGAAGGCGUACCUGUAUCGGAACGGACAGAAGAUAUAUGACUGUGAUGAUUCUGCAGGCGUCGUGGAUAGUAGGUGGCUCUCGUACAGACAAUUUGAGCAGAAUUCUAAUCAAUUGGUUAGGACUAGAUGAGUUCUGGAAUAUACAGCCAGUCCUUUCCGAAAAUCCGCCGCCGAUCAUAGAGCAUCCCGAUGUUUAUGUGGUUGAAAGUCCGGGGAUUGAGUCACCGCGGCGAGGAGAUGAGCCCGGUCCUUCCAAUGGUACGGCUCAGACGCAGAAGAAUACUCAGGCAAACACCAAUGGCAACGACAACGUCUCCCUUGACACCCGUUCCUCUGCAACUAAGAACCUCAAAAGGCGGUGGGGUGCGCAGGUUUCGGAAUCCGUCGAGACACCCGCAUCGCGUCAACGAGCAACGGGAAUAGUACCAGACUCGAGUGUGGCCUCACCAUUAUUCGACUCGAACCAUUCAUCACUACAGUUGUCGUCUGUCUCCAUGUCGUCCACAGAAGCAGGAGCCCCCGGUUUAUUUUUAUUAGGCACGGUUGCACCGCAAGAUUUACACCGAGACUUUCAGAACGAUAAUAUCGAGUUCAAUUCCAUGGGGCAAGAGUCUGCCGGAUACACUCAACCCCACAUUUCCACUCAUCUAAUGGAUAAUAUCAAUGAAUCCUCCGUCUUGAAUGCGGCUCUCCAACUACGGGUCUCGCAAUACACCGACGAUUAUCCGGUAUCGCCAACCCCUCCCCAAACAGACCAUGCCGAGCCACAACAGGAUUAUGACGAUCAGAAGAUGCUAUGUUUCCUGCAUUACCCGAACGAGAUAGAAGUCCCAGCAGAAAACAGCCAGGACCACAUCCGUGACCAGCCAGCAGCUUCUCCAUACACAGAUCAAGCAACACAAUCUCCCAGAUCUCCAGCUAUUGUCCCGCAGGAGCAACCUCUUGAGGCGAUUUCUUCGAACACGACUGGAUAUAAUCUCGCGAAAACGUUUCACCAAACGAGCCCGGAUAUCUUUGCAGGGGUUUUGCGGUACAUCCAGGAGAGUGGCAUCAUGAUCUUGCCCGCCUACUCGUCCCCGGUCCCUUCCUCGUCUCACGAUAGUGGAAUCGCAAAGUCGAAGAGGAACAGCAGAACCCCCGGAUAUCAUCAUUCCCGUCAGUAACCACAGGUCGACCCACUUGCACAGGCUGGCCAGCAUACACAGAUUGGCCAGCAUACAUACAGUAGCCAGCAUUUACAGGCCCGCCACCAUUCACGGGCUGGCCAGCAUCCGCAGGCCGGCCAGCUUGGACAAGCCGACCAGCAUCCACAGGCGGAUCAUUAUUCACAAGCCGACCAUUAUCCACAGAUUGGCGAGUAAUGAGAGGUCGGAUAGUACCCGCCGACCGGUACCAACGAGGGGGCCGGAACACCACACAGCGGGAGAUUUUUGCGGGGCUGGUGCUUGCUUAUUGCAUCUUGGUUCUGCCUGUCACAGAGGAUUGGG